AUGAAAAGAUCACGCUCUGACACUGCACAAAAGCUGUCUGAAGAUUUCAAAGAGCGGCAUAUCGACAAUUUUAAUAAGGGCUGUGAAGCCAUUCUUGAGAUCGACCCAUCUCUUCACGAUGCAAUUUCGAGAAAGGACUUCCAGCUGUUUCUCAAGAAGAAACAACCAGAUAUGACUCUGAACUACCAUUUUUUGAAUCUUGCAAGCAGCAUCUUAGCCCAGCAGAUUAGUGGAGCUGCUGCUAAUAGUAUAAAGAAGAAGAUCAUCGAUCGAUAUGGCCACUUUCCGAGUUUCCAAGAAACAGCAGAGCUUUUCAGACAAAGUAAGUCCCAAGAACUUCGAGAAUGCGGCCUUUCAGCACGCAAAGUGCAGUAUAUGGAGUCGUUGGCAAAUUAUUUCAAUGACAACGAACAAGAGAUCAAAGCGUUGCUCAGCAAAGAGAAUGAUGUCAUUGCUUCUGAGUUAGUCUCGAAUGUCAAAGGCAUUGGUCCCUGGAGUGCUAAAAUGUUUCUGGUGACGAGUAUGGAGCGUUUGGACAUUUUUGCUGCUGACGAUCUAGGAAUCGCUCGCGGUUGCUCAAAGUACUUGGAUGCUCGUCCAGAUGUAGUAAAGGACCUCAUGAGCAAGCGUGGUCCUGUCAUUAAACGCAGCAAAAUAAAGCACGUCAAGAAGAACUGGAAGGUGUAUGAUGAGGAUAUUGUGGAAAAAUGUGGUGAACUGUUUGCACCUUACCGAACAAUCUUUAUGUUUUUGAUGUGGAGAAUAUCAGACACGAAUGUCGAAGUGAUGGCCAAACGAGAAGAUGAAUUUACAGCUGACAAGACGUCAUAA